UAACACGUUCAACGCGCGCUGAUACCGGAAAUACCGAGGAGGGAAAAAAAAUUGCGCAAGAGAGCUGUGUCUGUUGCACUUUUUUACAGACGUAACUGAAGAUAUCUGGACAGCAUGGCGUUUGACUGGCUCGGGUUUGGCUAUGCAGCUACUAUUUUAUUAGGAGGCUUUAUGGGAUAUAAGAGAAAAGGAAGCUUGGUAUCACUGAUUGCAGGAUUAUUUUUUGGCGGCAUAUCUGCAUAUGGGGCCUUUAGGGUAUCUAUGGACCCACAGGACAAAUGGACUUUGUUUUUUGCUUCAGCUGCUCUAGCAGUUGUGAUGGGAAUAAGAUUCAAGAAAUCUGGAAAAUUAAUGCCUGCAGGUAUUAUGGCCAUGUUAAGCCUCAUGAUGGUUGGGCGACUGCUGAUCCUCUGAACAAGGCAUAGACCUGCAGCUUAUUCAGCUACUGACACUGUUGUUUUACAUUAUGCAUUACAGUGCAUCAACCCUUCAAUAAUUAUGCACUGAUAGAAUCCUCACAGUUAUGCGAUCAUGUCAGUCUUUCUGAAUGUUUAUCUUGUACAUUCCAAAUAAAGCCUAUUUUUUAAUGUUUUU